UUUCACACGAACAUAUAGUCUCUUAUAAAUUAAGAAGAAUUUAUGGUUAAAUUUUUAAAAUUUGACCAAAAUAAAUGAAAUGGAAACUAUAUUUUAGUAAUGGAGGGACUCAAGGGAGUAAUUAAAAAUUAAAAAAAAGUGUCCAAAGUCAUGCGUCACUUAAAACAAAAAAGAGAUUUAAAGCAAAAAAACAAAUAAAAACGGAGAGUAAAAUAAUUCUCCCUUCUCCGGUAGUUACAGCUGGCAUAGACACGUCGUUAUCCACUCUCUUAUAUCCCAAAAAAAUCAACCCAAACCAUCAACAACGGGCAUAAACCGUUUAUUUGCCACACGUCACCCUAAUACUUGCCCAAAAAACUAAUUCACUUUAACACUGAUCAAAUACAAUUAAAAUUCAAUUUCAUUUUUCAUUACUCCACUAAUUAAAAUUCCAUUAAUCAAAGUAACUUCUUUUCACCCAAAAUCACAGAAAACCCAAAAACACAAAAUUCAAUAUAAUCACGUUCACGCCAGAUAUUUGCCGUCUUUUCUUUUCUUCUCUUCUCUUUUCCACCUUCUCUCUCCUCUCUUUUUCCACCAUUUUUCUUCUUCUUAAGAAUGACGGGUCGAAUUGUUAUUCGAUCAUCACAAAUAAUGCCUCAAAAUCGUCAAUUAUCUCCUCCCGCCGGGACCCUAACUCCGGCAGAACUACCGGCGAGAACCCGUAAAAAGUCGUUAUCAAACGUCGGAGAAGUCGCCGGAGGAACAGCGGCGAAUUGCGUUGUCGUAUCAUGUUGUUGCCCUUGCGUUUUAAUGGAGUGUUUAAUCUUGGCCUUUUAUAAAGUACCGGCGUCUAUCUGCCGUCGGAUGUGGCGGAAGAAACGACAAAAAUUGUUGAUGAAGAAGAAGAAGAAAAGGGUGUUGGUUGAAGCGAAAGAGGGGGGUUCUAGUGUAGGUGAGGCGCACAAUAAGAAUUAUGUAGAUGAAGUGUCGGAUUUUGAUUGGAAGGAUUUUGAGAUGAUUAAAGUUUCGACGGAUGGAUCAGCGGUUGAGUUGGAUAAGCAGAUGUGGGACCGCUUUAAUAAUACUGGUUUUUGGAGAAGCCCUUCUCAAAGAUAUGAUGAUGAUCAAGUUGUUUGUCAAGUUUGUGACCAUGAUCAAUGAUACUUUUGCUUCGGAUUUGUUAAAUUGAAUUGAAUUGAACUGGAUUGAAUUUUGGGUUGCACGAGUGCAUGGAAAGAUUUGACUCGCACACGAAUGACACCAUGGACCAUGGUACGGGUACGACAUUGGAUUAUUCAUUCGUGUUGAAAUGUAUCGGAUUCAGGACAAGUCGUAUUGUAUGAAUGUACGAGUGGUCGAACGACAAUGGUAUUGUACUCCGUAAUUGGAUUGGAUUUUUAAAAGCAAGUUAUUGUGUUGGAUUUGUUGAUGGUUUGAUCAGGUGUGUGCUUGCCAAAUUUUGAUACCGUAAGGUUAGGCAGAAGCAUCACAAUUGGUGGAUUGCUAAAUGGUAAUUUGGUAUAUAGAAUAAGGCAUUUACAUGAGAAUGGGAUGAAUAUACAUUCGAAUUAUGCUUUUAUGUGCAAGUAUUUGAAUAGAACUAUAAUGUGAAGGUUUUUUUUUUUCUUUUCCAUAAGUUUAAUGGUAUACUCUAAUAUCAAAAUUUUGUUGUUUCGAUUAUUAGCGUUUGAGUUUUGUUUAUCGUAUAUCCUUUCGAAAAGGAUAUACUUAAACAAACUUCGUAUCAUCGCAUGUAUGUAAAGGGCAAAAUAAAGCUAAUUUUAAAGUUUGUUUUUUCA